AUGCAUCACGUAGCGCCGCAUGAUAAUUUUACCAUCAUCAAGAACCUUGAUAAUACAGUUCAGAAGUGCCUUGAGCAAAUGGAUAACGAUCAGGCUUUCUGGAUUGCAGACUUCAAUCGCAUUCGCAGAUCUCUUGCUCUUUGGGAAGAGAAUUUAAGUAGACUUCAUAUCCACUAUGCAAUGAAAUGCUGUGAUGAACCAGAACUUCUUAAAUUCCUUGCUGACCGUGGUGUUGCCUAUGAUUGCGCUUCAGAAGACGAAAUCCGUCGUAUUCUCGCCUUGGGUGUUGAUGCAAAUCGUAUUGUAUUUGCUCACCCAAUCAAAUCCAUCGAUUCGAUUAAAUAUGCCAAAGAAAAUGGAGUUACACGCCUUGUUUACGAUACAGAGAGUGAAUUACGUAAGAUUCUUCGUUAUUAUCCAGAAGCAGAAGUCUUCCUUCGUAUUAAGCCACGUUUUACCCAUGCAAAGAUCCAAUUAUCCAACAAAUUCGGUGCAGACCCAAAGGAAGUUCCUAAACUCAUGCAAUUAGCCUCCGAACUCGGUGCCAAUUUCAUUGGAUUCUCAUUCCACGUCGGCUCUCUUUGUGAUGAUAUUACGACAUUCCGUGUUGCUCUUGAAUACGUUGCAGAGCUCAAGGCCAAGGCAGAACAGCUCGGAUUGAACGUUUCCUUCAUUGAUAUCGGUGGUGGAUUCCUUCCUCCAUCAAUCAAAGCCAAAUACACUUUCGCAGAAAUUGCUGAAGCAAUCAAUACAGCCAUUGAUGAGCUCUUCGACGGAGAUGAGAUUGAGUUCCUCGCUGAGCCAGGACGCUUUAUUGCUUCGGAUUUCAUGGAUCUUGUUAUGCCAGUUAUAUGUGUCAAGGAACAUCACGAUCCAGAUGGUGACGAACAAGCAGUCUUCAUAGCUGAAGGUAUUUACGGAGCUUUCAACGCUCUAAACUACGAUCACGCUGAGCCUCAUUUCUUAAUCAGAACUGAAGGCGCUUCUGAAGGCGAGAUGAUCAAGACAAGACUCUGGGGACAGACAUGCGACUCAGAAGAUCUCGUUUACGAAGAACUCAGCUGGCCAAGGCUCGAAGUCGGAGAUUAUCUCAUGAUUGAGAAAUUUGGUGCUUACACAUACGCGCCAACAUCAUUCUUCAAUGGUUUCAUGCACCAUAAGGUCUUCCACAUUAACGAGGAAGAUGAAGAAUAA